AUGGCAUCUUCUGAAACAAGAAUGAACAAGGUAAGAGAUAAAGAAGAGGCCAUAGCAAAUGGAGUGAAGGUGAGAGCACUUCAAGCCAGUCUAAUGUACAAGUCAAGCCCAUCCUCUAAUAAUUACAGUCUCAGAAGCCCUUCUUCCUCUUCUGCUGCUGCUUCACCAGCUUCUCGUCCUCUCCCUACUAACCUCUCUGCUUAUGAUUACCCUGUUUUCACUCCUAGCUAUGAGGAUGGGCCUGUGUCGGCAUUUCAUCACAAGAAUCUCACUUUAUCUGAGACUUGGGAUGAAGAUGGAGAUGAAGAUCAAGACGUGAGACAUACUUAUCUCUCUGAUUCUUACAAAACCUCUACUUCAAGAAAGACUGUAGUGCCUCAUCAAGAUUCUCACCAUCAUGUUUACACUAUGUCGGACGCUCUCAGAUCCCCACCGUUACAUUUGUAUACUUCCGGUAGAAGCAACUGCGGCUCGGUUGACUUUAGGUCGGUCUCUUCUUGCAAUGAUUACAACAAACAGAGAGGUUUUGAUACCAAGAGCUUGAAGAACUCUAAUCUUGUUGUGCCCUUGACGGAUUCACACUCGGCUGUUGUUUCUUCUCAGCCAAGGAACCGUGGAGGAAGAGUGAUGUCUUGGUUAUUCCCAAAGUUGAAGAAGAAGCAAAAGAUUGAAGAGAGAAUUGAUAGAAGCAACCAGAAGUAG